GUAAAUACGGUGUAAUUAAAGAGGUUCUCAGUUGCUAUUAAUGACUACGCCGUAGUAAUUACAGAGUGAUUAAAGUCUCCGUCCCCCUCCGGCGUCCCCGUUCCUCCACCGGAUUUCGUUUCUGAAGGUCUCAGAGAGUGGGCAAAACCCAAAACAUAAUCUGAGAUGUCAAAGUUUACAUGGAGGAUCGAAAACUUCUCUCGCUUGGAUGCAGAAGAUCUUUACUCUCUCACCUUUGUUGUAAAUGAGAACAAAUGGAGGUUGCGUCUUUAUCCGAAAGGAUCCCAUACAAACCAACACUUGUCUCUGUACUUCAACGUUGGCUAUCCAUGUACCUUACCAAGAAAGUUCAUUGUAUCUCUUGUUAACCAGUUUGACUCCAACAAAACCAUCAAGAGAGAGUGUGAAUACACUUUCAAAUCUGGUAAAAGUAGUCUAGGUUGGCCAUCAUUUGUGGAGCUUGGUAAAUUUCAUGAUAAAAGUGAAGGCUAUCUUGUGGAAGACGCAUGUUUGAUUGAAGCUGAGGUGGAUGUUUCUCCAGAUUCCAAAGAUAUAGAUUCAGAUUCUUCCAUUGCCAAGGAUCCUAUAGAGUGCGUGUACAUUGAGGCUCUUUCAUUUCUUGAAUCCAAUUACAGUCCGGCGUCCAAUACUCCCACGUGUGAAAUGCACUGGUUUAUCAAAAGAAAUGCAGCUUUUGCAAUAAAAAUCCUCGACAAACUCGUGCCAUACCAUUUAGAUAAAUCAGCUGAUCUAAAGCAUGAAACUACAGUGAUGGGUUCUCUAUCUAAACGGACAGACCACCUUUAUCUGUUUAGUGAUCCACAGGCGAAAGAAAUUGUGAAGUUGAAAGCCAAUUUUCCUCAAAGAAUGCUAGAAUCGAGAGACUCUGUUCACAUCAAGAAGGACACCAGUGGGCAUCCCUGGUCUACUUUUGAGAAGACCAAAGAUCUGCUCCAAGAAUCUGUGAAAAUAGAAGAGGGAAUAAAGAUUGAAUUGGAGGAGCUUAUCAAGAAAGAAAAGGAAUUGGAAGCUCGGCUAGAGGCAAUGGAAAGCGAUAGUCUACAGCUCAAAAUGGAAAGAGAGGAAAUCCCAAAGCAAAUGAAGAUAGUUUGUUCUCUUGCCAAGGAGAAAGCUAGGAAAAUUGAAGAUAAAAAGCUGGAGGUGGGUUGUGCAAACCAACAACUGGAGCAAAGGUUGAAGUCAAAGUGGGCUGCAAUGAGACAUCUUUUUGCCUGAGAAAGAAGAAAACGGAUGGUCAAUAACACUCAACUCCCAAUAUAUCAUGCUUUUUGAUGGUAUUAUUACUAUUUUAUCUGGUCUUUAUCUAAUCUGGAGGCAUUCUGUUAAUGUUUUUUGGUGAUGUUGUCUCAAGACUAAUUGCUUUUUGUCUCUUUAGCUGUUUCUCUUGUUGAGAAUUUAGCCUAACUUGUAAACAUUGAAUCCUCUAAUUUUUGUCUAAAUUUGUUAUAAAUUCACUUGACCCAUUGAAUGUUGAUUCCUCCAUUUAUGAUCAACAAGCCUUUUAGUAUAAUCAAAUUAGGUUCUCUGU